AUGCAGGAGAUGUAUGCUCUUCGUCACAAAAAGCACAAGAGUAACACUGGAAGUAAUCAUGGUGCAAACUCCGGAAGCAAUCCUCAAGGUGUUGAAUCCAAUACAAAUCAGUCCAGAAGGGUUGGGGCUGAUGGUGGCAACUCUGAUAGGAGCAGUCCAAAUGGUGUUCAGUCCAGCAGAAAUAAUGCCACAAGUGUUAGAGCUGAUAGAGGAGGUUCAAGAAAUUUUACAGAGACACAACAAUUCCUGGAAUAUACUUUUGGGCCUGGGCAUCAGAGUGGCACUAUAAACACAUUUGCUGUAAUGAAAUCCGAAUUAAGAAUGUGGAUAGCACUGGAAGGAGUGGAUGACUACAAAGCACUAGCUCCAGAUGAGAAUUCAAAAGUACUUGAUGGGAAAGCAUUGUACACCAUGGCACGUGGAAUGCCCCAUGGCCAUGUUCUAAUAGGCGAUGGUGCUGUGGAUAAGGCAUGUGUUCUAGUACAUGCCAAAUCAGCAUCGGUUAUGCCACCCAAUCAUGAUAAGUAUCGAAGUGUGAUCGCUGAAAAUGAGCGAUUGAAAGAAACUAAUGGGCUACUCAUUGAGGACCUUGUCAUGAGAAUUUAUGCGGAUUUCAAAAAAGAACCACCUGCUGAUCUGCUGCAGCGCCUAGCAAACAUUGAUGCCCGCCGCAACCAGACUACAAGUUUAUCACUUGGAGGCUCUGAAUCUGUUGAUAAUGGUUGGUACAACUACAACUACAAUGAUGAUGAAUUUGAUGAUGAUUACACUGUUGAUGGCGCUGAUGAGGAGGAUUACACUGAUGAGGAUAGCACUGAUGAUGAAGCUGAUGAGGACAUGUCAGGUGAUGAUGGCAUGUACGAGGAAGAUGAUCAUGAUGACAUUUAUGAUGAAGCCAAUAAUCUACAGAAUGCUGACUGGGAACUGGAUAACGAUGGCAAUGGCUGCAGAGAUAUUGAAAAUGUCCAAGGUGACGAUGAGCACUUAACUGGCCAUGCACGCAACAAAAAGAUGAGAGUGGCAACAGAUGGGAGUGCCACACGACAUGGUAACGCCAAUGGCUCCAAGUGA